AUGUUCUGGUCUGCCAAGUCGUAUCCAUCCAUUAAAGAUUACCGACAUUCUCUUCAACGGGACAGUUGGAUUGAAUUCUUGAUUGAAGGUGGCGACUUUUACAUGGAAUGGCUGGUGAUGAAUCCGAAAGACAAACAAAGCCCAAUCGCUAUGGAUUUGGGUUGGCAACGUCUUUCCAUUCACAAAAUCAUCGAUCCUGAUUAUUAA